AUGUGGCAGUACGCGCCAAAUGCAGGUGUAGGACGCUUUGGCUUCAGAGGAGACCCAAAUCAUGGCGAUUGGUAUGGUCGGCCACGUAACGACUGGGCUUCGCCGAACUAUGACCUCGCUUUGAUGCCGCAUCAAAUGGGAACAGGCUCGUUCGCAGGAUGCGGCGGUUUCGAUGGCAUGGCGAGCUCGCCAAGUUUGGCAACUGCCUUGGAGGCUUCCCUCAACUUUCUGGAGCCUCUGCCAGAGGAGAGGGAAGUACAUGGUCGCUGUAUUCAGGAACUCAAUUCGGUCGUGAAGCAAGUUGGCGCGGAGUGGGAGGUGCAGGCAUUUGGGAGUUCGGCAAACGGUUUCCUGUCUCGCGGCGCAGAUCUCGAUGUCUGCUGCUGCAAGACCGACAACCUGGACCAGGACAGCCAGCGUGCAGUGCAGGAGCUCCAGUACCGCAUCCUACCGCUGCUGCGGCAACAGCAGAUGUUCAAAGUUACCCAGGAAAUUUGGUCCGCAAGAGUGCCAAUAAUUCGCUUGCGGUUCCUGGACGUCAUCGAUGUCGACUUAUCUUGCUACAACCCGCAGGCUUUGCAGAACACACAUCUGCUGCGGGCCUAUGCGGACAUUCACCCCGUAGUCCGGCAGCUGGUUCUCUGCGUUAAGUUCUGGGCCAAGGCCCAAGGAGUCUGUGGUGCCCCAAAGGGGUAUCUGUCGUCCUACACUUUUGCAUUGAUGGUCAUCUACUUCCUGCAAGUCGACCAGAAACUGCCCUGCUUGCGGGUGGAAGACUUCAGUAGUGUGGGUCCACUGCACAGCCUCAAGUAUGACUGGUUCUGCCCAACACAGCUCCCCGAGCUGCUUUUCCGCUUCUUCACCUUCUACACGCAGACCUUUGUGUGGGGGACAGAAGUGGUCUCUGUGCGGCUUGGCCACCGCAAGAUGAGCUCGGAUCCUGAUUUUGUCAGCCUUCCCCGCCGCGAAGUACCAAGACUUCACGUGGAGGAUCCCUUCCUGCCUCGGAAUCUGAAUUGCGUCUUAGGGACGGACAAGGAGGAGCAUCUCAAAAACUGCAUACAUCAGGCGUUCAUGACGAUCAGCUCGGAUACUGUGCCACAGGCAUUCUUGCAGGCCGAGCCUCAGAAGUGGCUGCGGCCGCCACCCAUGGCAAUUAUUGACACGAAGAAGUCCCUCGCGCGUCAUCAUGCGGCGACGUAUGGGCCGGAGAUGCCGCAGAUUUUACCGUAUACGCAGCUACGACAAAGCCAGGUCGUCAAGCAAAGCCCCGCUCCCGCUCGUAAGAAGCAGCCUUUGAAAGCUCUUGCGCCUCCCUUCGUCGGCGGCCAGUCUACAGAAACGAAUCUUGAGGAGACCAGAUUGAAGGCUCCUGAGGAGAGAAGGCCACCGAUCAACGGCCACAGCAGGGACAGGGAUGAUCGGGCAGCCCAGGAUGAUCCCAGGGUGCCGGAGAUGAAGGCACCAGCAGGAGGAUCUGUGCCUGGAGUAAAGGUGUCCGCAGCCAUGGCAUGGCUUGAUGGAGAUACACAGGAGGCUGUCGAAGUGGCAUGGACGACAGAGGGCUCUCUUUUGGGUUCUCUUGGGUUUUCUGUGAGGCUGUGA